AUGGCGGCGCGGGGGUCCGGGCUCCGUCCGCUCCGCCUCCUCCUCCUGCUUCAGCUGGUCGCGGGCCCCUGGGGUCCCGCCGGCGCAGGGGGCGACGCGCCGGGAGGAUUGUCUGAACCAUCCUUUGUUGCAAAACAUGAAGAUAGUUUGUUUAAGGAUUUAUUUCAAGACUACGAAAGAUGGGUUCGUCCUGUGGAACACCUGAAUGACAAAAUAAAAAUAAAGUUUGGCCUUGCAAUAUCUCAAUUAGUGGACGUGGAUGAGAAAAAUCAGUUAAUGACAACAAAUGUCUGGUUGAAACAGGAAUGGAUAGAUGUAAAAUUAAAAUGGAACCCUGACGACUAUGGUGGAAUAAAAGUUAUACGUGUCCCUUCAGACUCUCUCUGGACCCCAGACAUUGUUUUGUUUGACAAUGCCGAUGGUCGAUUUGAAGGGACCAGUACGAAAGCAGUCGUCAGGUUGUUGAAGAUUGGAAAUUCAUAG